AUGGAAGUACCUCCUGAAUUAAAAUACAUCACACCUUAUAUUCAACGUAGUCAAGAAUUACUAUCAAGGGAACCUGUUGUGGCAUACUAUGCUCAGUAUUAUGCUGCAAAACUCGCCAUUAGCAGAGGCCCUCGUACAAAAGAAACAAAUGAGUACUUGUCUCACUUGCUUGACUCUCUAGAGACUCAAAAGAAAAGCUUAGGUGACAAUGAAGCUGUUACAAACGACCUGGUUGGUUAUGCUCAUAUUGAAAACUUUGCUUUAAAGAUAUUUUUAAAUGCAGAUAACGAAGACAGAGCUGGAAAGGCAAGCAAAAAGACAGCAAAGACUUUCUUGGCUGCAUCUGUCUUUUUAGAGCUUUUAAAGACAUUUGGGGAUAUUGAUUCUGAAGUUGAAGCAAAAAUCAAAUAUGCAAAAUGGAAGGCAACCGAUAUUAUGAAAGCUCUACGUGAAGGACGUCAACCCACAGCUGGUCCACCAAUAGAUGAGUCAGAACAACAAGAGCAAGUUCCUUCUAUCUCAGAAUUUCCAAGCCCUCCAUCAAAUUUCACUGCACCUCUGCCAUCCGCAAACAGUCAGCUACCUAAUGUGCCCGCUACACCUGCUGCACCUGUUGUACCUGCCGUCACCGCUCCACCCCCUGUGCCAGCUGCUGCACCCGCGCCUGCCCCUAUUCCCUCUUCCUUACCCGUACAAUCACCUGUACCUACUAUGACAGUACCUCAGGUUUCAAAUAUGGAUAUUCCAUCCGCUCAAAAGCAUGCCAACACGUCUAGAGUUAUUGGCAGCAUUGAAUGCGAUUGGAUUCAAUAA